AUGGUGGUCGACGCCCCUGCCAAACCGGUGCGCUUCGAGUUCAAAAACUGCUCCUACCGCGUGAAAGUGCGAUCGGAUGGACGGGGCCUGGGAAACACGCCCGCUUGCUGCGUCAAAACCAAGGACCGCUACCUUCUGCGCGACGUCUCUGCGUCGGUUUCGUCGGGCGAGGUCCUCACCGUGAUGGGCCCGAGCGGCGCGGGCAAGACGACGCUGCUGCGCAUGCUCGCGCUCGAAAAGGGACCCGGCACUCCGUACGGGAAUGUGACUCUCAACGGCCACGCGUUCACGCGCACGGUCUACACGGCGCACGCGGCGUCGGUCGAGCAGGAGGACUCGCUCUGGGCCUUCCUCACCGCGCGCGAGCAGCUCGAGUACGCGGUGCGCCUCUCGCGGCCGGCGCUGCGCUCGGCCGAGCGCGCCGCCGCCGUCGACGAGCUGCUCGGCGCCCUCGGGCUCGAGUCGUGCCAGCACACGCGCGCCGGCAACGCGCUGGUGCGCGGCCUGUCGGGCGGGCAGCGGCGGCGGCUCUCGCUGGCGCUGGCGCUGGCCAAGGAGCCGCUCCUCGUCUUCCUAGACGAGCCCACCUCCGGACUCGACGCCGCCGGCGCCGCCGCCGUCAUGGCGCUGCUCAAGAGCGUCGCGCGCCGCGUCAACGCCGCGAUCCUCUGCACGAUCCACCAGCCCUCGUCGGCCGUCUUUGCCGGCUUCGACAAGACGCUCAUCCUGUCGGGCGGGCGGGCGGCGUACUGCGGGCCGGCGAGCGAGCUGGUCGGCUACCUCGCCUCGAUUGGCCAGCCCGUCCCCGCCAACACCAACCCGGCCGACCACAUGCUGGCGAUCGCAAACGCGGACUUCACCUCGCCGGCCGAGGUCGAGGCUGUGCUGGCGGCGUGGGAGGGAAGAGGGCCGCAGGAGGAGGAGGAGGGGAGCGUCGCGCUGCUGCCGCUGCCGCCCGCCCCGCAGAAGAGCUUCUGCACGGAGCUGCUCGUCCUCGACCCGCUGCUCUACCUGGCGCGGCUGUGCGGCGCCUUCUUCUUCACGCUCUUCCUCUGCGUGCUCUUCGUCUACCAGCGCACAAAGUCGCAAGAGUACGUGCUGCAGCACGUCUUCCUCGGCUCCUUCGCGAUGGGCUCCUGCGCCAUCCUCGGCCUCGCCGCCGUCUUCGUCGGCCACGCCGAGGCGCAGAUUGUGACGGACGGCAUGUACGGCCAGCUCGCCUACGGCAUGGCGACCGCCGUCUACCAGGUGCCGAUGAUGUUCCUCGUGGCCAUCUGCGGGCUCGUGCCGCUCUACGCCGUCGCGGCUUGGCCGUGGGAGAGCCUCCCGACGGUGUGGCUCGUGUUCGGCACCUUCCUCGUCGCGUUCGAGAUGGCGGCGCAGCUCUUCUCGCUCGACGGCAAGGUGCUCUUCGGGCUGCUCAACUUCCAAAACAUCUGGUUCACCUCCUUCAUCUUCUCGGGCAUCUUUGUCACCCGCGAGGACGUCAUCUGGCCGCUCCGCGUCUUCACGUACAUCCUCCCCUUCGGCUGGGGCACCCGCUCCUUCUUCUGGGCCCUCUUCCACGACUGGGGCGUCGACGGCUCGGACGGCUUCUCCGGCACGGCCCCGUGCGACCCCGGCCUGCCCGGUUGCUUCUCGGACGCCGUCCGCGGCUCGCCAGGCACCGGCUUCUUCUGCCCCGGCCUGCCCGCCGUGGAGUGCUGGGGCGACGUCGGCCCUCGGAUCCUCGACUCGAUCGGGUCGGUCUACCGCAUCCUCACGAGCGAAAACACGCUCGCCGCCGACCUGGGCUACCUCGUCGCCAUCGCCGCCGCCUUCAAGGCGCUCUACCUCCUCCGCCUCGCCUCCCUCCUCCGCCUCCGCGCCGUCCCGCGCCGGCCUCCCGCGGCACUGCCCCCGCUCGACGGCCCGCAGCGGCAGACGCUCCUCACCGUCAACGACGUCGUCGCGCCGCCGUCGCCGCUGCUGGCGGCCGCUGGCCGCGGCCUUCGCUUCGCCUUCUCCGAUUGCUCCUUCGCCAUCCAGGUUCGGCCGGCGGGAGGGGGCAGCUGCGCGCGCAAGAGCGAGACCCGCUACCUGCUGCGCGACGUCUCUGCGUCGGUGUCGUCGGGCGAGGUCCUCGCCGUGAUGGGCCCGAGCGGCGCGGGCAAGACGACGCUGCUGCGCAUGCUCGCGCUCGAAAAGGGGCCCGGCGCCCGGACGGGGCACGUGGCCUUCAAUGGGAAGCCCUUCACGCCGUUGCUCUACACGCGCUACGCAACCUUCAUGGAGCAGGGCGACUCGCUCUGGGCCUUCCUCACCGCGCGCGAGCAGCUCGAGUACGCGGUGCGCCUCUCGCGGCCGGCGCUGCGCUCGGCCGAGCGCGCCGCCGCCGUCGACGAGCUGCUCGGCGCCCUCGGGCUCGAGUCGUGCCAGCACACGCGCGCCGGCAACGCGCUGGUGCGCGGCCUGUCGGGCGGGCAGCGGCGGCGGCUCUCGCUGGCGCUGGCGCUGGCCAAGGAGCCGCUCCUCGUCUUCCUCGACGAGCCCACCUCCGGACUCGACGCCGCCGGCGCCGCCGCCGUCAUGGCGCUGCUCAAGAGCGUCGCGCGCCGCGUCAACGCCGCGAUCCUCUGCACGAUCCACCAGCCCUCGUCGGCCGUCUUUGCCGGCUUCGACAAGACGCUCAUCCUGUCGGGCGGGCGGGCGGCGUACUGCGGGCCGGCGAGCGAGCUGGUCGGCUACCUCGCCUCGAUUGGCCAGCCCGUCCCCGCCAACACCAACCCGGCCGACCACAUGCUGGCGAUCGCAAACGCGGACUUCACCGACGCGAGCCUGGUCGAGGAGACCAUCGCGCAGUGGAGCUCGAAGCAGCCUCCGCCACAGACGGAGGAGGCCGACUGCGGCAGCGAGCAGCAGCCGGCGGGCGCGGGCGUGGCGACGCAGUUCGCCGUGCUACUGCACAAGCACGGCCGGCUCCUGCUGCGCGACCCGAUCAUGUACAUCGCGCGGUGCGUCAUCUUCGUCGUCAUCUCGCUCUCCCUCUCGAUCAUCUACAUCGACACGCGGAGGCGCGACUCGCAGGAGCAGCUCUUUCCUCGGCUGUUCCUCGAGGCGCCGACGAUGGGCGCGUUCCCCGCAGCGGGGGCGUGGUGGAUCUCGAACAUCGCGCCCGCCCUCGGGCUGCUCCCCCUCCUCGCCCAGUUCCUCGACCUCCAGAUCCUCCGGCGCGAGCUGCGGGACGGCAUCUACCACCCGGCCGUGUACGUCGCCGCGCAGACGCUGCUGCAGGCGCCAAUGGCGGCGCCGAUGAUGUUUGUGCUCGCCUUUGCCAACUUGGUUCCCGUCUACGCGGUCGCGGACUGGCCGUGGGAGACCCUCGGUCUGCAGUGCGUCAUCUUUGCGUUUACGCUCGCCGCCUUCGACUGCCUGGCGCAGGCGUGGUUCCUGGGCCUGCUCAUGAACGGCUUCAUGAUGCCGCCCGAGGACAUCAUCUGGCCGAUCCGCAUCUUGGCGUACGCUCUUCCUCUGCGCUGGCAGAUCCAGGGGUCCACCUACAUCCUCUGGGCGAUGGGCGACCAUACCUACGGCGGGACUGAGCGGUGUGUCUUCAACGCGACCGGCGAGGGCGAGUGUUCGCAGGGCUUCUUCUGCCCGGAUGCCCCGCCCACGUCCUGCUACGGCGAGACGGGGGAGGAGAUCCUCGACAGCUUCGCCGCAAACUACUCGUGCUUCACUUCGGAGAAUACCGUCGCGCUCUGCAUGCUCUACAUCCUCCUCUUCGCCCUCGUCUGCAAGCUCGUCUACGCGCUCGCCCUCUCCGCCGUGCGCGGUGGCAAGAUGGUCAAGCCGCCCACAACGCCUAGGGCGUCUCCCACCACGUCUCCCUCCGUGUCUCGCUCCGCAGACCCGAGCUCGCCUGCGCACCCGGGCCCCCGGCGGGUGCAGCCAUUCGCGACGAGACAAUCUUGACUUCCGUCGGCUCGAUGUACAUUUGU